AUGGCUACUACUUCGAUGACAAUGAAUAUGAGUACAUUCUAUGAUGAUUUAAUGUAUCUUUGUUCUAUGGAUGAUACGUUCUACUACAAAGAUGUUCGUUUGAAUUCAAUUCCAUAUCGUAUAUUUAAUUAUCGACUCUGUACAUAUGCAGCAUUUCAAUCUCGUACUGCAGCAUUGAAUUGUCGUGGAACAAUGUUUAAUAUUAUGAAUCCGAAAAAAGUGCAACUCGUUUCUUUAGCACCAGAGAAAUUUUUUAAUUAUACCGAAGGUUUUGGUCGACAACAAUUUCAUGAACGUGGACGAUUUGGAGAUAAAAUGGAAAAAAUGGAUGGAACAUUGAUAUCAACAUUUUUACAUAGGCCAGCGUCGAAUGAACAAGUACUUCGAUUUAAAUCAAAACAAUCACUUACAUCGAAACAAGUUACUGAAUCUAUGCAAUUGCUUGUUGGUAACUUUAAAUCCGAACUUGAACAACUGGUUCAUCUCAAUUAUACUGUAAAUAUGGAAUAUACAUCGCCCUCUAAUCAUGUUGUUGUUUCCUAUCCAGAAGCUCGACUCACUAUUCUAUCGAUUCGAUCGCAUGUCGAUGGUCAAACUUUAUUUGGUAGUCGAUUAAAAACAUUUCUUCUUGAAAAUAAUUUCUCAGCAAUCCUUGCUCAUCUUGUUCCAUUUGAAUCUGUUUCGUCUGAUGUAACACAUGAACAAUUACUACAAAGUAUUUAUCAGGAACCAUAUGGUGAAGGUUAUGUUAUUGAGAUAAUUCAACCUGAUCAAUCAUCGUAUCUUGUUAAAAUUAAAACAAAAAAAUAUCUUAUGCUUCAUCGAGAUGGUGAAACUGCAAAUUCUCCAAGAUCAUUAUUUGAAGCUGUUAUAAAUGAACAUUCGGAUGAUUUGAGAGGAUUAUUUCAAAAUGAUACAGAAAUGUUAAAGAGGAUUGACGAAAUGGAACAAUAUGUAAGACCGAAAUACAAUGGAAUGAUCGAAUCGAUUGAACAAUUUUACCGAAAAAACAAACAUUUGCCUAAAAAGGAUUAUGUGCGAUCGAUUAAAAUGAUAGAAAAUAUGCAAAUUUAUUUACCACUAUUGAUAAAACUAUAUGCAGGUGAACAAAAUGAUUAUAAAGGAUUUGCAAUGAAAAAUGCUAGUGAACUAUUCAAAAUCGUUGGCGAUGGUAGUACAUUAACAAUGAUCAAUCAACAUACGUCGGAUUAG